UUUGUAUUUACAUAGAUUGCUAUACAAAAAGAUGUUUUCAAAUUUUGUGUGACCGUGGAGAUUGCUUAAUAAAAGGCUUUAAAGUGUAUUCGAAAAACUAGUCUUGUGUUCCCAAAACUUCUCAUAGUAGGUAUUUCAGAUUUAUUUACUUUAUUACACUAUGUUCAGAAUAGAUUUUCAACUAACCUGUUCAAAAAAAGCAAUCGAAACUUUUUGCACAGCUGACGUCGGAAAACUCUAUGUUAUUGUCAUCAUAGAAUUGUCAAAAUAUGCAGGUGACACGUAACUUUUUGUAAUUAAAUUAUCAAUUUUCGUCCUCCAAAUGUGUAAAUCCGUGAAAAUUCUCGUUCGAAAAGUUCAAUAAGCACGCGGCAAAAUGUCCGACAAGAGUUUCGGUGAUCAUUUCGGUAGGAGUGUAGUGAAAAAUCCUUUAUUAUCAAGUGCUAUGACCGCCCUGUCUCUGGAAGAUCUAAGUCAUGCCGUUUUGCUGCCUGCCGAGCCUCUUCAACCAGCGUCCGCUAGUUCCGAACGAAAAGCGCCCGAAACUCGCAGCACCAGACAUGAUCACGAAGACAUAUCAUCGGGGGACACGAAUAAGCAGCGGCCGGUAGAAUACGCGACGCUGCACGAGAACCGGACGGAUCAAGACGCCCUGAGCGCGGCAGCUUCGAAAGUUGACGACGAGUUCGACGUCAGCGUAUACUUUGCUAGGCUGCAAGGCACCAAAUACAUCAGCGCCCCCCUCCACAUCGACGGCAUACCCAGAGACGGAAACGCCGCCAUAGGAACCGCCGAGGAGAACCUGGAGGAGAUAAAUUUAAACGAGCCUGAUAAACCGCAGGAUUCGCAGCAGAGUCUGACUUCGGAUCUUGCGCAGAAUCUGUCGCAGCUGCCGAACGUCUUGCCGCACGUGGCGAGCGCCGUUUUUAGCUCGUUCUCCAGUAUGCUGAAUCUGAAGGGCAGCAGGGAGCAGACGCCCGAGAACUUGAAGCCCAGUUGGGGGGCACCGGUGGUGCGCGAGGCGGAAACGACGGCCCCCAGUCUUAGGGGUGUGGAGGAUGCCAAGAACGUCGCGCCCCCACCCAAGGAGCCACCGAUUGGCGGUAUAGGAAGCUACAGGAUAGCGACAAAGAAAAAAUAUGCUCAAAUACCGGGUUUGACGACCGGUGUGGAUAGUGCCGCGCACUUGGCUAUGCCCCCGCAUCAACCUCAAACGUCUAGUGUUCCCCUAGGCCCGACCGCAACCGAGAAACCUUACCCAGAACCGUCCACAGGCCGAAUACAAUAUUUCACACCCGACACUUCUGUGACCUAUCAAAUUCCCGAAGUAGACGUGAAUAGAGAACCAAAUGUUUGUGCUUCAGUGAACGCUUUUGAUGUUAAAGAUGACGUUGUCCUAACUUACGGAGAUUUAGGUCCGAAUGAACGUGUAGCUAGUGCUGAUAUCGCGGGACCAGAGUUUCCCGUGCAAUCGGCUUCGACGCCAGUCAUACCGCCUCCGCCAAUGUUUACCAAUGUCAAAAAGGACACGUCGAUAUGUAAAUCGGUAUUACCUCCCUCGGUAGCUAGGCGAAUAUCGUCCAAUCAUCCAAUAAUCAAACCCCAAGCGAUAACACCAUCGACCAUCACCAACAUAUUCGUUCCAACGCUCCAGGAUGACGGGCAAACUUUUGACCAAACUCAUUUAAAGCUGUUGGAUCCAAUGGUUACGUCGACGACGCCAGAAUUUAGCGAAACGCCUACAGGUCUUCAGUGUGGUUCGGCUAUUGUACCCGUUUCGAUGUUCGGAAGUGAAGAUUCAAGAAGUAGCGUACCUUUGUUUUCUUCGCUAACUUCUACUUCUACCAUAGCGUCUUCAGUAGUACCAGAAUCAAGCAUUAAGGAACCUUCUUCAUCCAUAGUAAAUACGCCUAUAGAAGGAAUUGUUUGUGAUGAUACAUUAAAUCAACCAACGACCACCAAUUUAUCUCUACAGCCAGAUUUAAUAAGCUCAGUAACAAUGCACAUACCUCCUACGACGAUUCCGAGUGCAAAUCCAAUGUCUACAGGCCAACAUGUGAUAAAAAAAUCCGAGACACAUUUUGAUCCAACGAACAUUGGCCAAACUUCAAUGGAUUCUGCAGUUCAAAACGCAAGCGCAUUUGUUCCUUCAACGAGCAUUCCAUUAUUCUUGAACCAGCAAACAGCCAAUGUACCAACCGACUCAUUGCAAACGCCACCAGAGCCACCUAAAGCAAUAGGAAAUGUUAAUUUUAGACUCAACAAGAAAAGACCGCAGUAUUAUUCCGGUCCCGUUGAAGGUAUUGGAGCGAUCAGUAAUAAUAUUAAGCCUGUUAUAGCUCCGGUGGACGCUAAUAUUUUUCAAGGUGCUCUUUUCACUCCUACUCAUCCAGCUGAUCCUCAUUUAACAUUAGCACAACAGCCUUUUGAUAUUAAUACUCCAGCGAACCCUGCACCUUUUGACAUAAGUCAUCCACAGCAAUCGAGUGAUCGGCCAGAGUUCAAUACAAGCUUUGAUCUAAGCCGACAGACUAAUGAAGUUUAUGAACCGACAAAAGAAUCCUCCGGUUUCGGUAUAAUCGGAUCCUUGAAAUCGAAACUCAAUUCGAUUGAUAUAAAUAAAAUUCAAAGUAAGGUUACAACAUUCUUCGAUCCCGCUUAUAAUAAUGAGGGUAAAAUCGAAGAGGAAACUUCACAGACGUUUCAAGAUCAAAAUACAUUCGCUAAUCACUACGCUCAGAAUCAAGGGAGUAAUUUUGAGAUAUUCGUUCCAAACAUCGAUGCUACAUCCCGGAAUCCGCACGAUAUGCACGCUUACGAACAGCCGAGCCAGUAUCACCAGAACCCCUACAGUUAUUACCAGAGCGAAGGUCAAAAUUACCAGCAACAGGCUCAAACGAUUUAUUCGUCUACCAUGCUCUAUCCGGGGUCAAAUUUAAACGAAAACAUUAGCAAUACAUCAACCUAUCAUACACCCGGUUUUAAUAUCACAACGGAAACGGCCCAUACAACACCACAUGCGAUAAUUACUGAUUCAAAUAUUAAAUUUCCUGCCUUAGUUCCGUCUAAAGAGAAUUUUGACAUAAAUCAAAAUACAGAAAUCGCCAUAAAGAAUAGUGAACUAAAAACGGAACAACUGCAAAAUUUACCAACGUAUAAUGUUCCACAGUUGGGUCAUUACAAUAAAGAAAUUCCGAGUUCGAUAGAAGAGCUCACGAGAACUGCGCCACAGAAAAAUGAUAACGUUAAAACUGCUGAUAUUGAUAAAAUGUAUCCAAUUUUAGCAGUUAAAGAUUUCUUCGACAUACCACAACCGAGUCAAUUAUUUAAUCCAAUUGCUUCUACAGAUUCAACAGCAGAGAAACUCUUGCAAGGUAGCUUUCCGACCAAAUUGGAGUCAUUAUUUAAAGUGAACGAAGAUUUACCUGUGGCGGCUUCUAUAUUCAGAAGUCCGGUCGAAGGUAAUCUUGAACCGGCUCCCAUUGGAUUCAAAACAAGUCAAAAUACGAUCGAAUCUCAAAAAGUUAUUAAAGAUGCUUUCAACGAUGACGAACAAUUCGAUUUCGAUUCAUUAAUCAAACCGAUCGAUAAAUUAAUAGACGAUCCAUUUGAUGAUUUAGAAAAGGAAGAGGAAAUAAUUCCUUUAAGAGAAACUAAUCUGGUUGAAUCGUUGUCGGCCGAUCAGAUACCUAUAGUAGGAGUUUCUACUGUUCCGUUAUUCGGUCUGUCGACUAUUAUCGCUGAUAAGCCGAAAGAGGCAGGCAGCGAUUCAAAGAAGAUAAUUUUCGAGCUACCAAAAACCGAGAUAUUGAACGCGAACAAUAUGAGCUUAUUCGAAAACUUCGCGCCCCCCCAAAAGAAUACAAGGGACGACAGUGAAAGUAGAUCGGACCUCAACAUGUGUGUGACUUGUAGGGAAGUGAAGAAGCCAGGCAAAGAAAAUGAAAUGGAUAACUUGACCAAUCAAUUAAUUGGGAAUUUGACAUCGCCUAUACAACUUUCGAAUGCUGUGGAAGUGUCACUUGUUGAGACAAAUGCGACAGAUAACAGAGAAGGCAAUGUACAGGGUGCUGAAAAAACACAAAUUUCUGCGGAAACUACCGGCACGAUUCCUAUUCAUUCAGUUACUGAAAAUGAAGAGAAGGGUCCAAGAGAAUUCGGAUGGACGGAUAAAACUGAAUUUUCUGCACAGCAACCUGAAGACCAUGACUAUACCUUCAAACUAGAUCCAAACUCAAUAGGAUUCUUUGGAAACAAUUCUUUGUUCUUUGACAAAGUGCCUAGCGUAAGUGAAGAUUUAAAGACUGAAUUUGAGAAUACAAAAGAAAAUCAGGGCCCGCGUUGUCCUGAAAUACCAACUGCUCCACCAGCGGAAGAAGAUAGUACAUCAGAAGGAACAGGUGGCUUAGAUGUCCACUCUAUAGAACAAGACGCUAAUAAAGAUUUCCCCAUCUACGAAGACUUUUUAAUAGAACCAUCGGAAACUGACGAAAACAAAACCGAGUUUGGAAAGAAGGAGAUGAAUCAAGAUGCGAAGGAAUCUGACACGUUCACGAACAGAAUUGACAAAUUUAAAAAGCUAGAGGAGACAGUCGAUCAUGAUGAUAUUUUUGACAGAACUUCACUUUUUACUUUACCACCGAAGACAAGUCCAGCAAUCACAAUAGCCUCGUAUUUCGAUACGGGGAAUUACGCAGCCGAAACGCACUACCGGAAUUCGUUUGGCUCACCGCCCAGCGCCGGUUAUCCGGUCUCAACCAGUAUGAGGAUCCCACCGGGUUUCGAGGAGGAGUACCACAGACGGAUGAGCGGAACUCUUCACGAUAAAACGGCCCUCGAUAAAUUGAAGGAUUCCGUUCCUCUGAUACCUGACACGACCACACAGACAUCUGUAAUUUGCACAAGUACUUACACCGCCCACAGGGAAGUGUCCCCAGAUCUUAAUUACAAAAUUGAAGCCAGCAUAGCGGGAAUAGUCGAAGAGGUGUUGACUGCGCGAGAACCGAAUGAAAAACCAGAUUGUAUCACAACGUUUGCCGGUCAAAACGUUGAAGAGAUAGACGCAGUCAAGCAAGCCGCGAAUAGGCUUGGUGAUAUCAAGAUAUCCGAGCUACAGAUCCCCGAAACAAAACCGUUACCGGAUCCUAUGAAUUUCUUUUCGUCACCAGAAGUUUCUAGAGCCGAACCGGGAACGUUUAAUAGAUUAGCUAGUUAUUUCGCUUCGCCGCCCGCCAGUGAUCCGUCGAAGUCUUUUUUUGAAUUGAGCCAAAGUCAAAAUCAUUACAGACACGCUAAUGACGGUCCCGAAGACUCUUCUCGUUUCGCGUACCAAAAUCAUCGCUUCGAUAAUAACGUAAUGAACUCGGAAAAACAGAAAGCCACAUUCGAUCUGAUAAAAGAUUUGACGUCGACGCGUUACAUACCAAACGAACAGAUAGUCAGAACGGUAAACUAUUUCACGAUUGAAUACGACGAUCCUAAUAUAAGCCGCCCUAGACGCGAUCCGGAUUCGAGUAAAAUCGAACCUAACCAUUCCGAGAGAGCUGAUGACAACAACGCGGCGUUCUAUCGAGACGUUAAAAUCUGUGAAUACUGUUGCGAUUUCAAUACGAACGUUUUUAAUAUAAACGAAGUUAGUUAUAAAGUUAAGGCGACCGCUAACGAUAAUAAUAACGCGGCCGGUAGUAAAGGCUGUGAUGUCAGCAUGGAGCGUGUCAAUGCAGCCAAUAAAAACGUGACCAUAAACCUUGAAGGAGCAACCGACGGAGUCACCGAUGAUGCAGUUACCGUUCUCAGUGAGAACCGCUCUCUGGCCGAAUACAAUCCUGUGAAGUACCACUGGUUCUAUCGAGUGGACAUCGAAGGCAAAUCCAUAUGGAGAGGCUUCUCGGAAGUCGAUUCGAAAGCUCUAGAGGAAGCUUAUCUAAGUCCCGAUCUCAACGAGAAGACGCUGGUGGCAACUGAUGGAGGAAGGUAUGACGUGAACGUGGUGGGGAGACUGAGGACAGCCGUCUACUGGAGCGACAAGCCUACUAAUGUCUUAAGAUGUAGCUGGUUCUACAAAGGCACAACCGACGCGAGAUACGUGCCCUACUCGGAAGCGGUGGCCGAGAGACUUGAGAACGAGUACCUCCACGCCGUGACGACGGGCGAGUGGCACAGGAAACUGCUUCUGCCCAACAACGAGAUGGUGGUGAUGCACGGUCCGUCCGUGAUGGUUCAUUUCUUGCACAGCGGCUCGACCGACGGCUUCAGCGCUCCGCCGCUGUUCUCUUUCGGGAAACGAGUGUACAGGAAUCCUCCAAAGAUUAAACUACCCCCGAGCGAACCGAAGAGAGUCGACCACUUACUGUUCUUGGUGCACGGUAUCGGAGAGCACGGCUGCCAAAGGAAGAAGCAAUCGGCUGCGAUACCCCGCGUGGUACGUCGAGGGUCCGACGAGUCCGAGAUCGAGGACACGGAGCCAUCGAGCAUCGACCACUUGCUGCUGCUGUGUCACGGCGUGGGCUCGGCCUGCGACAUGCGGUUCAGGUCCGUCGAGGAAGUGGUGGAUGACUUCAGAGCCACCAGCCUUCAGCUGGUCCAGUCCCACUACAGGAACUCAUUCGACAAUGGCGCAGUCAGCAGGAUCGAGGUCCUCCCAAUAUCUUGGCACGCUAGUCUCCACUCGGGCGAGACCGGCGUGGACAAGCGUCUCGCUCAAGUCACCCUGGACAGCAUACCGAAGCUGAGAUCCUUCACCAACGAAACCGUGCUGGACGUGCUGUUCUACACCAGCCCGGUGUACUGUCAGACAAUCAUCGACACUGUCUGCAAGGAGUUGAACAGGAUAUACGGAAUAUUCCUUAAGCGGAAUCCUGAAUUCAGAGGGGGGGUCUCGUUGGGGGGACAUUCUCUGGGCAGCGUCAUACUCUACGAUCUGCUGUGCCACCAAACUGCCAAGGUGUCCAGGUCGACGGAGAAGGUUUUCGUGGUGGGCAGCGCGGGCACGGGACAGUCUUCCGUGAAGUAUCCCAAUCUGGACUUCGAGCCGACCGCGCUGUACGCCCUGGGAAGCCCUAUAGCCAUUUUCGAAUGCAUCCGCGGCGUCGAGUCGCUCGGCCUGGACUUCGCAUUGCCGACGUGUCGAAAAUUCUUCAAUAUAUUCCAUCCUUACGAUCCGAUAGCGUACAGAAUCGAGCCGCUGAUAAACCCCGGACUGAAGAACGUGAAACCGGAGCAGAUACCGCACCACAAGGGAAGGAAGAGGAUGCACCUGGAACUGAAAGACACCAUGGCCCGCGUCGGGGCUGAUCUGAAGCAGAAAUUCAUUGAUUCGCUGAAGACAACGUGGAACAAAUGGAAACCUCAAUCGACCGAGGAACAAUUGGAGAAGGUAGUCGAAGAAAUUGAAAAAGAUCAAUUGUUUGAUGAAAGGGAAGACGGUUCGAGCAAUGCGACGCGCGAGAUGCUCGGCAAGCUGAAUGAGGGCCGCCGGAUCGACUACGUGCUCCAGGAGGCGCCACUCGAGGUCAUCAACGAGUACCUGUUCGCCAUGACCAGCCACGUCGGAUACUGGGAGUCCGAAGACACGAUGCUGCUGAUGCUGCGCGAGAUCUACGCGGAUAUGGGAGUCGAUCCGGACUCCACGGUCCCUCAGCAGAGCCUCACGGUACAGAGGACGAGACUCCAGAGACAGGACGGAGUGAUUACGCGCGAGAGUCCGACGACAAGUCAUAGCGCCGUGUGAAGGACCCCCUACUCGGUCCUCUACCCCGGCCCCCUGGUCCCCUACCUCGUUCCCCCGGCCCCUACCUCGGUCCCCCUGGUCCCCUACCCCGGUCCCCCCACCCCGUUUGGUAAAGUCUGUUAACAAAACAAUCUACAAUGAGAUACCGCCCCGAGACCUGUCCCAUUAGCGGAGACCGACGUUGAUAUGGAUAUGAACGUUGCUUUCCAUGGGCUCUGGACCUGUUGGCUAUUUGUGACGCCAGACGAACCCGGGAACUCGUUCGAUCGGCCGAUUCUCAAGAUUUUUUUUUUUAUAAAAAAAUCGACGUGGGUAUGUUAAAGCGCUGACACAAAUAAGUAUGUAAAAUAAAAUAGUUAAAAGAAAAAAAAAAGAAAAAUUAUCAAUCAAUACGUAAAAUCAAAAAAAAAAAACGGAAAAAUAUUAUAUACUAUUAUCUUGUUUCUAUAUGACCAAUGUAACGGAUUCGUUGAUGGCUGAUUAUUGAACAAAAAAGCAAAUAUUCAAUGAGCAUAUGUAACUUGUAUAUAAAUACACAUAUACGGGAUGUUGCUAUAUACAUUCUAUGAUCAUUAUAUACAAUAAAUCAGGUAUAGAAUCGUUUUUCAUUGUGUAAAUGGCUGAAGGCACUCACGGCUCGCUUAAUGAGAAGCCUGGACCCACUUAAAUCAAUUAAUAUAUAUGUCCACUAAUGAAGUGGAUAUCCGAACUCACUUAUCAAUAAUUACAAUUUGACUUUACUACAAAAACUAUCGUAUCGAGGGGUGAUAAGCUGUUUGGGGUAAACUACAUUUUUGGUGACUUCACAGGAGAGCCAUUUAAAGUAUAUUUGCAAAGUAUAUCAGCAUUUGGUAAAAAUAUAAUAACAAAAAAAAAGCUUCAGCUAUGCGAAUGGAGUAAACUUAAUUGAAGUUCAAUUAAAAAUAUCAAACUGCUAAUGCUAAUAGUAAAAGGCACCUUUAAUUAUACAGAUACAUGUCACAUAUUAUACAAAAUAUAAUGCAAAUUUCCUUUGACCUCUCGAUAUAAACAUUUGAUAUAAUUAUAGAAAUAAAAAAUAAUAUGUGAAUAUUUCUGAAUUUUAGUAAUUACUUUUUUUGUUUGUCGGUUUGUUUGUCUGUCGGGACAGCCUUCAUACAAUCCAACCGAGAUUUAGUCUCGUAGUCUCUCGAUAGACACAGCCCUAUCAUCAUGUUUACUCAAUAAAUUAAUUGAUUAAUUCAAAUGAAUUAACUAAAUAGUUUUAGUAAUUAUAAAUAAAUAUUAUAAAUAAAUAAAAUUAAUCAAAUAGUAUUUGUAAAUAAAUAUUUACAAUUACUAUUACAAUAAUAUUUAAUUACUCAUAAAUUGUGUGAUUAAUGUGAAAUUCACAAGAAUCUAUUGAAUUAUUUUAUUUUUCAAAAAUAUUCAUUCAUCAUAACGGUGUUAUUGGGUUGAUUUUUUUUUAAAACCAGCCAUUCCUUAAACCGUUUUGGGCAAGAAACCAAACUUUAAGUCCUCCAAGACUCCGUGGCUAAAAUAAUUUUAAAAAUCCUAUCACUAGUUUUUUUUUGUGCUUUUAAAUACAAAAUACCAAUUUAAAAACUUUAAUUAAGUUAUCAUAUGUUUAAACACUCAAUGUCCACUCCUUUGGGAAUCCCUGAUUUGAAACAUUGAUGUAUAAAAAAACAGAGAAAGAUGGUGAAACAUCAUGCAGAGAAGGAUAACGGGAGGAGAUAGAUGGUCAGGACCCUCAAACAUGAAGAAUAGAGGAGGAACAAACUAAGGGAAGUGAAGUAUAAAGAACCAAUUCUAAAAACCAAUAUAUAAAAAGUCACGGGAUCUCCCAUCAGAGAAUAAUUUUUUUGGUAAAACUCCCAACCUCAGGUCUUUAAUGAUGAGAUUGGAUAUAUAAAAAUCAAUUUAGAAGAAUAUACACAGUGUAGUGGAACUGUUAAAAUUAAAUACUCUACGCACUCAACUGAAUAAGAUAAGUCAUUUUCUGCUUUCAUUUCUCAUUUGUUUGUGGGUUCUAGUUUAGCUCAGUAACUGAACUACUGCUACACAUGAAUGACUCAAAUUUGAAUAUUUGCUUUUGAUGGGUCAUCAAACGUACUGUUUACGAAAAUAGUGUUUUUAAAAUAUAUUUUUUUUUCCACAAACAUAAUUAUGGAGUAUAUAAUCAUAAUAACAGAACAUGAUUUAUUAUUUGUCUUGAUGUAUGUACUGAAUCAGAUUUUUCUUAUACAAAUAAUUUCAAAUGAAAAUAGUAACAUGAAAUAUUUUAGAUCACUUUAUAUGUGUGUAUUGAAAAGGAAACAAAAAAAAACGACACAACUUUCAGAAAAAAAAAAUGUUUAGCAAUGAAAUAAAAUGUUUAAUAUUAAAAAAAAAAAGUUGUUACAAAUUAUUAUUUGAAAGGAACGUUCCAUUAGACUAUUGUUUUUGAGGUUGGAGGUUUAAAAUUUAUUGAAAUUUAUGAAUUUAAAUAAAUUGAAAAAUACAUUAAUGUUCUAUGCAUUUUUAUCUCAUCAGAUAUUCAGAGAUAAAUCAAGAUACUAUAGGCUUUUGGGUUAUAAAAAUAAAUUAUUGUUUCUAUCACAACAGUUUAAUUGAGUCAAUAUAAUUUUGUGUUUUUGACAUUGACAUUGAAUUGAAUGAUUUUGACAAUUCCAUUGUGGGUCCAAUAGCAGUGUACAUAAUUUUAAUUGAGUAUGGAUAAUUAUCUUUAAUAUUGCUAUAAUUUUGGUCACAAAUGCUGUCAAUAAAUUUUAAAUCUCUAAUACUUUUUCUGUUUAUUUAUGCAAUUACUUUAGUACUAACCUCAUUUGACAGUUAAAUAAAGUUUCUAUAUUUUA